AUGGCUAUUUACUCCAAAGAUGAGGCCUUGAUGUGUAAGGUCUUCCCAUCUAACUUGGGCCCCGUGGCGAUGAGGUGGUUCAACGGUUUGAGGGCGAACUUUAUCGACUCCUUCAAGAAACUCACCCGGGCUUUUGGUGCUCGUUUUAUUACUUGCAAUAGGGUUCCUCGGCCUCUGAGAUCUUUAUUAUCUAUGUCCAUACGGGAGGGUGAGACUCUGAAGGCAUAUUCGAAUAGAUACUGGGAGAUGUUUAAUGAAAUAGAAGGAGAGUACAAUGAUGUGGCCAUUAGCACUUUCAAGGCUGGUCUUCCAGCAGAGCAUGAUUUGAGGAAAUCUCUGACUGGUAAACCUGUUACUAGUGUACAUCAAUUGAUGGAUUGGAUUGACAAGUACAGAAGAGUAGAAGAAAACCAACUGCAGAGGAUGAGAAAAAGUAAAAGGAUUAUUUAA